AUGAAGCUUUCUCUCAUCACCAUCUUGUCUGCCACCGCGCUGGUUUCGGCUGCGCCUUUCGCUGAGCCCGAAGCCUUCCUCGAUGAGCGUCAGGCUGCUCAGAGCAUCGAUGCUGCGAUGAAGGCAAAGGGCAGGAAGUACUUCGGUACCUGCUCUGACCCAGGCCGCUUCAACAGUGGAAAGAACGGUGCCAUUAUCAAGGCGAACUUCGGUCAAAUUACACCCGAGAACUCCAUGAAGUGGGAUGCCACUGAGCCCUCGCGUGGUUCGUUCAACUUCGGCACUGCCGACCAGACCGCCAAGUUCGCAAAGGACAACGGCAAGCUCCUCCGCGGUCACACCACCGUGUGGCACUCGCAGCUGCCCAGCUGGGUUUCGUCCAUCAGGGACAAGGCCACCUUGACCACUGUCAUGCAGAACCACAUCAGCUCUUUGAUGGGCCGCUACAAGGGUCAGGUCUACGCCUGGGAUGUCAUCAACGAGAUGUUCGAGGAGAACGGCAACUUCCGUGCCAGCGUCUUCUACAACGUCCUUGGUGAGGACUUUGUUCGUAUUGCAUUCGAGGCUGCCAAGGCUGCGGACCCGUCUGCGAAGCGUUACAUCAACGACUACAACCUGGACCAAGCUUCCUACGCGAAGACCCAGGCCAUGGUCAGGAACGUCAAGAAGUGGAUCGCUGCCGGCAUCCCUAUCGACGGUAUCGGUUCCCAAGGUCACUUGCAAUCUGGCCAGGGUGCCAACGCCCCAGCUGCCAUGGCCGCGCUUUGCGGAGCAGCUCCCGAGUGUGCGCUCACCGAGGUCGACAUCCAGAACGCCCAGCAAUCCGACUGGACCAACGUUGUCAAGGCUUGCUUGAACCAGAGCAACUGUGUUGGUAUCACCGUCUGGGGUGUCCGCGACUCCGACUCCUGGAGGCCUCAGGGCAACCCGCUUCUGUUCGACUCCAACUACAACGCCAAGACUGCUUACAACACCGUUCUUGCUGCUCUGCAGUAA